AUGGCUCUCAAGGCCAAUGAUGUCCGACCCGACCCAACGUCUGACCUGGACUGGUCUGGCUAUAGAGGAGCCAUAUACGAAAUCUUUGCCAAGAAUGCAAAUGCACAUCCAGCGAGACCAUGUGUCGUGGAAACGGCAUCAUCAAGUUCGUCGGAGAGGUCGUUCAACUAUCAGCAAAUCAACGAAGCCUCGAACGUCCUGGCUCACCACCUAGUCAGCAAUGGCGUUCAGCAAGGCGAGGUCGUGAUGGUAUAUGCUCACCGUGGCGUGGACCUGGUUUUGGCGGUCAUGGGUGUGCUCAAAGCUGGAGCAACAUUCAGUGUGAUCGAUCCAGCGUAUCCGUCAGACAGGCAGAUCAUAUACUUGGAUGUCGCGAAACCGAGAGCGCUGGUUGUUAUCGAGAAGGCGACUACUGAUGCUGGUCCACUCUCGGAAAGUGUUCGUGAUUACAUCAGCAAGGAGCUGCGAUUACGGACAGAAGUGCCGGCACUGAAGUUACAGGACGAUGGGUCCGUCAUGGGUGGUGUCCUCGGAACGUCAAAGGACUGCUUGGAUGUAUCGCAAGCCAAGAAAUCCGAUCUACCGGGUGUGGUCGUUGGUCCUGACAGCACUCCCACACUGUCUUUCACAUCAGGCUCAGAAGGUAGACCGAAAGAACAAUUUGGUCUGUCAGAGAAGGACCGCUUCUCAAUGCUGAGUGGCAUUGCACACGACCCGAUCCAGCGAGACAUCUUCACACCUCUAUUUCUGGGUGCCAGCCUCAUUGUGCCACCAGCUGAAGACAUCGCAUUCGACAGACUGGCCAAAUGGGCAAGCGACAAUAGCAUUACCGUAACCCAUCUGACUCCGGCUAUGGGACAAAUCCUGCUUGGCUCGCAAGAGCCGAAAGUACCUAGUUUGCACGGCGCAUUUUUUGUUGGAGAUGUGUUGCUCAAACGUGAUUGCAGAAGGUUACAGCAGCUAGCUCCCAACUGCAAGAUCAAGAACAUGUAUGGCACUACCGAGACGCAGCGAGCUGUAUCGUACUACGAGAUUCCUGCGCAUAGUGCGGAUCCCACUUAUCUGGACAAGAUGGGAGAUGUCAUACCCGCCGGAAAGGGCAUGUUGAAUGUGCAGCUCCUGGUCGUCGAUCGCGAGAAGAAGGAGAGACAGUGCGAGAUUGGAGAAAUUGGCGAGAUUUAUGUUCGUGCAGGCGGACUUGCUGAGCACUACCUGGGCGACGAGGAGAAGUCGAAGCAGAAAUUCGUCGAGAACUGGUUCGCAGAUCCGCAGAAGUGGAUACAAGAAGACAAGAAGCGAGUUGAAGCACAUUCAGAACCGUGGCGAGAAUUCUACUUUGGCCCGAGAGAUCGAAUGUAUCGCUCUGGUGAUCUUGGGCGGUACAUGCCAGACGGUAAUGUUGAGUGUGUGGGUAGAGCGGACGAUCAGGUCAAGAUUCGUGGUUUCCGAAUUGAGUUGGGUGAGAUCGAUACGCAUUUGAGUCAACAUCCUCUAAUUCGUGAGAACGUGACAUUGGUCAAGCGUGACCAUAAUGAAGAGCAGAUUCUGGUGUCAUACUACGUGCCCGAGAUUCAAAGGUGGCGAGAGUGGUUUGCCGAGCAGGACAAACAAGAGUCGACGAAUGGUGCUAACGGUACUCUUGGCAUACCGACAACCAUGCGAAGCAGAAGAGUCUCUGCGAAAGAGGACAUGGAUGUUGCUCAGCGCAUGCGCAUCUUCGAGAUCUUGACCAAAGAUGUGAGAGAGAGGUUGAAGAAGAAGCUACCGGUCUACGCUGUGCCUACCCUGUUCAUUCCCAUGCUCCGAUUACCACUCACGCCUAAUGGCAAAGUCGACAGACGGGCACUGCCAUUCCCUGGAACAGCCGAGCUGAUUGGCGCGAUGCCCAAGGCUGGAGAUGUUGGAUCGAGAACCGAUACGGAGAAGGAGCUGGCGAAUAUUUGGGAACAGCUACUUCCCGCCACUGCAGACUCCAUGUCCCGCGAAACAUCUUUCUACGAUAUGGGAGGUACUAGUAUGAUGGUCAGUCAGGUCGUGUCUAAGAUCAACAGAAGGUGGGAAGGUGUCAAUGUAAAGAUCAACGUCAUGACUGCAGGGCAGCCGACUCUGAAAUCAGUUGGCCGAUAUAUUGACAGAUCACUGGAUCCUGUUGGCCUUCGUCUCGACAUGGAAGCUGGCGAAGAGGAGGAACAGCAAGCAUUGCUCUACUCCAAUGAUCUGCCGAACUCAGCCUCACAGCUACCCAGCACGAUUCCAGCGCUCGGCUCAGACUACCCUCGAGUCUCGACAGGCCUGAACGUACUACUUACUGGUGCAACUGGUUUCCUCGGCGCCUACAUCCUCAACGACUUCCUGAUGCGCUCCCCACCAAGUCAUGUCUACGCCCAUGUACGAGCACCUUCACACAGCAAAGCCAUGGAGCGUCUCCGCACCACCUGCAUCGCAUAUGGGUUAUGGCAGGACUGGUGGGAGAGUGAAGGUAUACUGGAAGUUGUGAUUGGAGAUCUCGAGAAGCCCAGGCUGGGUAUGCGCGAGAGUGAUCUCGGAAAGAUUACGCAAGAUUGCGAUCUGGUCAUCCAUAACGGUGCUAGAGUGCAUUGGCUACGACCUUACGAGGAGUUGAAGGCGGCGAACGUUGUGUCUACACUCGAGUGCAUCAAGCUUUGUGCUGUCGGUAAGCCGAAGAGGCUCGCCUUCGUGAGCUCAACCAGCGCGCUGGACUCGGAUCAUUAUGUCCAGCAGUCGGAUGCUGGCCACGAUAUAAUGGAAUCAGAUGACUUGGAAGGAAGUAGACAAGGCCUCGGGACGGGUUAUGGUCAGUCAAAAUGGGUGUCUGAGAAACUCAUCGGUGAAGCUUGUGAACGUGGGCUUAGUGGAGUCAUCAUUCGCUCCGGCUACGUGCUUGGUGAUCCCGAGACUGGCAUCUCCAAUACCGAUGACUUCUUGAUUAGGAUGCUCAAGGGCUGUGUGCAAGUUGGCUGUCGACCUGAUGUCACGAACACGAUCAAUAUGGUACCGAUCACACAAGUUGCCCGGCUCGUGGCAGCCGUAGCCUUGUACGGCGAGGCGGGCUCUGUGGCACAUGUGGAGGCUCAUCCACGACUGACGUUUAAUGAGUUUCUUAAGCCAUUGGAAGAGUAUGGGUACAAGACGCCCAUAGUCCCCUACAAGGAAUGGCGAGACAGGGCAGUCGCAUACGUUGAAGACCCAGCCAAUGGCAAAGAAGAGCUGGCCUUACUGGCACUAUACGAUAUGGUGACGGAUCACUUGCUAUCAUCAACCAAAGCACCAAAGCUCGACGAUCGUAACGCGACCCGAGCAGUCGAAGAAGACGCUAAGACGUCGAAGAGAGCGCCGACACCAAAGGGUGUGACUCAGGCAGGUAUCAGAGCAUAUCUCGAGUUCUUGGUUGCUCGUGGAUUUAUGCCGAAGGGCCGUGGCCCUGGUGCUUCGUUAUCUCGAGAACAGGUUGCGGCGCUUGACAAGGUCGGCGGGCGCGGUGGUGUGGCGUGA